AUGGAUUCGAAGCGAGGUGGCUCGGAGGGUCCACAACCGACCAACGACGGCUCCUUUGGGCAGGGCAGUCAGAAUGGUGUUGCGACUCCUAUGCGACCGACGUUCGCAGCAAACUCAAUGCCUUCUACCUUCCCGGUGGUCUCCAUGGACAACACUAUCAUGUUGGCUGCUUGUCGUGAGUUUGAGGAUCUUCCUCAACACCCAGAUCUUCCUGCAGAUCUCUUCACUGCCUGUCUAACUACGCCCAUCCGCACGGCCCUCAAAUGGCAUUGGUUGCAAUACAAGGAACACUUUCCAGGCUAUAUCGACGAAGCACUGCUUGAUCGCAUCCCUGGUUCUCACUCAAAUCGUAUGUCACUUUUGGGUGAAAUUAACUGGAUCUUCACUGCUGUGACGGACACUAUAGCCUGGUGCAGCUUUUCGGGCGAGAUUUUCCAGAAGUUGUUUCGUCAAGAUCUGCUCGUGGCCAGCCUCUUCCGCAACUUCCUCUUGGCUGAACGCAUUAUGCGAAUGUACGGCUCGCAUCCCUGCUCAUGGCCAGCCCUCAAACCUACUCACGACCAUCCCAUGUGGUCUGCCUGGGAUCACUCCUUGGAUCGGCUCUUUCAGUUCCUACCGCAGGCUCUUCGCGUCCUCGAGCCAAACCCGCAUGCUGACUUGAGCCUACCGAUCAUUGCAACCGACCCGUCACAACAGAACUCCACUGCUGAUACGCCGUCGCACCUGCAGGAGUUGACUUCUGCAAACAGUGGGCGUCUGACGCGGCUUAUAUCUCAGGUUGUAAAGAUGACUAAACAGACGUCUUCCGCAACAGCAGUCGCAUCACGAGCCGACCAAGAAAUUCCACCACCCGGUUAUGGCGGUGGUCGUUCCGGACACCAAGAAAAACUGCUGCACCAUCAUCACCACCACAGCAGCCAAGGUUGGAGGCCUGGUAAAACGCGACAGUCCAGCGGUCCCUCCACUACUGAUUCGACAGAUCGCACCUUGCAGGCAUUUUCUGGCACCAUCCGCGAAGCCGACACCACCGCUAAUAAUGCCCCCCAAAAGCGGGCAGACGACCGGCUUACACAGAGCGCACACUAUGACUGUCCUCACGCCACGCCUUUGGGCACCAACUCGCACUCCACACGACCAAAGUUUGUCAUUGAGCCAUCCAGCGCUAACGAGGAGGCUGAGGUCGUGGAGACUGGGGAUAACAGACGAGGACCUACAGAAAAAGCCCUCUCGCGUAUCAGCGAGGAGCCCUCAACCGCCGACCUCACUAACUCGACCGCAGAGAAUGCGCGUGCGCCGAACGAAGGCCGUCCACAAUCCUGUCCCCCGGGCCGACAUUCAUUACUCCAAACUGGAGCAGAGGUUGUGUUACUGCAAAAUGCACAGAAGAAGGAAUGCGACAGCAAGGGUGCCUCCGAAGAGAGCGAGGUCAGCUCGAACGACCUGGAGGAUGAUGAUGAAGAGUACGAAGAGGACGAGGAUGAAGAGGAGGAGGAAGAGGGUGAAGAGUACUCGGGCCCCCAAGAUGCAGCUGAGGAGCACAUCAAUGAGGCCGCUCCCCCAGCACCAACUCAGGGUGCUCCGCCAGGUGCUGUUGCCUCCAACCAUCCUCAAAAACAGGCUGACCUGCAAAAGCCGCAGAUACAACAACAGCUGGUAAACGUUGUUCCAGCACAACCAGUAAACCCUGCUGCUGUCCUGAGUCACGAGCCUGUAGGCGAGGGUCGACAGGAAGCAUCUCGCGGUACACAGGUUCUCCCGCCCACAUCUGCUGGAGGU